CAUCAUUCUUUGUCAAUUGUCGCCAUUACGCUUUUUUUGCCAUCAUUCACACACGUCUCCGAGUUAAAGUCGAAUAUAUUUAAUAAAAGUUUAGACAAUGAGUCGCGAUAAAUAUCAUAAAAAUAAAUCAAAAAGAUCAAGAAGAAGUCACAAGAGUAAAAUGGAAAAAAAUGAUGAGUUACACGAGUUACGCAAAGAAUUAAAGGAUCUACGGAGCAUGGUGAGAAAUAGUCGUGACCGAUCACGGUCUAUUAGGUCAAAUAAUACAAGAAGGACAAGAAGCAAUUCGAAUAAACGAUCGAGAGACGACAAUUAUUAUGGUGACGAGCGUGACCCGAGAGCCGCGUCACGCCAUAGUCGUCGCAGGUAUCGUUCUCCGUCUACUUCGCUUUCAUCGUCAACGUCAUUGUCUUCGUUAUCCUCUUUGUCCGUCUCUGAAUCAUCGUCAUCGUCACAUUAUGAAAAACGUGCAUCAUCAUCAUCAUCAUGGACGUCAUUGUCUAGCAGCUCAAGCUCAAGUGCCUCAGAUCGAGCGUCACGGAAACGACGCAGACAUCAUUCACCUGCAGGCGACAACUCUUUCGAAUAUUCGAGCAACUCUUUCGAAAAUGUCGACGAAAAUAAACAAAAUGUCCCAGAACAUAAUUCUUCUUUACCAGAGCUUUGGCUACAAAUUUCCAAGUCAGGAUACCCCGAGGAGGAAACUAAGGAACUCAUCGAAAAGUACCCAAUUCACAGUAUCUUAAAAGAUUUGCAAUCUCGGGAAAUUGACCCAGAAAUUAAAUCAGUAAUAGAUAAAUCAGUUCUGGAGGAGGACAAGCAACUAGAGCUUUUGCAAAAGCAAUUAAGCGCCGGCACGACAGCCAUAGGAAUCUGUUUGACAGAAUUGUUAACAAAACUAAAGGCUGAGAUUGAUAUUCAUCAGGUGAUUAGUCGUUUGGAAGAUGCAGGAAAAAUACUUUCAGACUUACACCACAAAAUUUCAAUGAAUCGGCCAUCAUUAAUCACCCCGCGAUUGAGUGAGAUUAUGAGAUCUGUCGCGAAAGACUGUGAAGUUGACACUUGGCUUUUCGGGAAGAAUUUUGGGGAAAAACUUAAAGCGGCAAUAGUAGCGGAGAAAUCCGGUAAUAAAAUUGCGAAAACGACAAAUGGUAAUCGUAAGGAAAGGGAAUAUCGAAAGGAAUCAAAGUCUUCAAAAUCCGAAGGAUCCCGCAAGAGGAGUAGAAAGGGGACUCGUCAGGGGAGACAAGAGAGAAACCAACGAAAUCGCGACACGAGAAGUCUUAGCCGAACAUCGAGAAGAAACACCUGUUAGCUGAAAAGCUUACUCUAGGAGGAUAAGGAUCUCGGCAACAAGGUUAGACCUCAUUAUCAGAAGCUCCGAUAUCUCACAAAAAUUUGGACCAAAAACAGAUUUAUAAUUUAAAGAUUUCUUAAAGAAACGGAUAACUUUCAUCGUAUUAGCGCCUUCAACGCUUCAGUUUCGUUUACGAAAAAAAAGGGAGUAAAUAUAAUUUGUUAAUCAGAGACUUUGUCUAAUUAUUAGACAGACCGCAGGUUGGUCAGAUAAGGUAAGUUCAUUUGGAAAAUGUUAUAACCAUUAUUCAUUCCGUGAUAAUAAAAAUAAUUUUGUAAGUUGUGUUUUUUAUAAGAUUGCAAUGUAAAUAAAUUGCAUACUUAUUCAAA